AAUGAUAUGAGUCGUUAAAUUACUUUUUAGUCAUUUUUUUGUACUUUUUAACUUCUAAAACUGAAAACAUUUUGGUCCAUGAAUGAAAUAUUUUGUAUUUUAUUUGACCAUUGCUUCUCUAUGAACCUCUUUGCACUGAAAAAUAAAAAGACGGUUUCAAUUAAAGAUUUCUCCCUCGACAACCCUGUUUUAUUUAUUUCUUUAUUUCUUUAUAUAUAUUUCCCACACUCCAGCAGAUGGCGGUAAUGCACCUCUAAACUAGUUUGAACCCUAACCAUAAAGAAGAAGAAGAAAGCCCAUUUAUUUAUUUCAUGUAUGUUUACCAGUAAGUGUGGAACUAUGUGCAUACGGUGUGGACACCAACAGCGCUGCACCUGGUGAGUGAGCUGCUUCAGGAUCGACUCUGUUGGAGGGUUUUAUAACUUCCACUCCGCGCUCACUGGUUUGUAACAGCAUUAAUAUGUUGGACCCUCCACGCUAACGGAGUGUGUGCAGGGAGGAGGGGGGCUGCUGAUCCACCACAGAAGAAGAAAUCCGGAAGUGUGAAGCUGCUGGAGAACGUGCUCAGGGAGGAUUUAUUAAUUAUUUAUUGCUCUGAUGGAAGGUGACUUCACUGCAACCUCAGCAAACAGGAAGUGCUCUGCCGUCGCAGGAAGUACCAGAAAGAUCAAAGACAACGCAGCCGACUGGCACAACCUGAUGGUGAGGUGGGACAAACUGAACGAGGACGGCUUCUCCGCGGCAGCGAACAUCGUCAACAUCAGGCUUAAACGUUCUCCGAUGGAUCAGUGGCUGCUAGUGGACGAGUCUCCGUCAGCUCCAUCAGACGGAGCUGCAGAGCUACAGGAUGAAUGCUGCAAGCUUCAGGUCGUCAUCAACAAAAUGGUCGUCAUGGUGACAAAGAUGGAGUGUCUGAUGACAUCACAGCGUGGUGUUCAGGAUCUGGAGGAGUUUCAGUUUGGAGCUGAAGGAAGAAAGUUUCCUCUGUUUCACAGCUGGAGCACCAAAAAAUUUGAGGAGUCGUCUCGGCUCCUGUUGGACUACUUCGGUCAGGAGCUGAAGUUGAAGCAGACGAUCUUGCAGGAACUCGCCCACACUGCAACCUCUGACCUCUGCAUGGUCUACCUGUCCUGCUGGCUGCACCAGCCCUUCAUCCCCCCCCAGAGCAGACUGACCCUGGAGGCUCUGCUGUUAGAGACCGGACACCGCCCACUCUGAUGUCCUGCAGAGUCAUGUGGUCACCUGAGAGUCCAGAUGUUAGAUGAUGGACUGUAACUCUGAGCACGUUAACUUCACACCGUUUCCUAUCAAGCCGCGAGUGCCGCUUGAGCUGAACUUCUGCCCGACGCCUUUUGUAUUUAUUCCUGUUGCUCGCUUUGAAAGCGUGGCAAAGGAUGAGGAAUGUCUGAUUGGUGAAGUUUAAAUGAGGAGUUAUCUCCACGAUUCGUCCCUAAAUAAGGAGCAGCUGAAGGUUUCCUACUUGUUGGCCGUAUUGUAUGUUAUUUACAGUAAAUUUAACAAUAUGAAACAUG